AUGCUAGCGACUUUGACACCUUGUGUGUCCCUGGGUGGGAAAAUUUCCGGUGACCCAUUCAACAGUACGGUGACUUCCAAUGGAGAUUUGAAGAGAAAUGCUACCGCUGCAUUACGGAUUCACGACACACUGGAACCAGAUAGCAACCUUGACAAAGAAUCUUUACAGUAUGAUGACAAUUUGUCCACAUCAACUAUCGCAGAGUCGCCGGAGAUGCCUGGUCUGCCGUUCCCUUUGAUACAAAGAGCCGUUCUCACCCCCGAGAUGGGUGAGAAUUUGAACUUAGUCCUAAGGAAAAUUGCUGUACGAGAACCAGAUAAUGGAGAGGCUGUCAUCCAGAUUCUCUAUUCAGGCAUCUGCCGCAGUGACGCAUCUUUCUCGAUCGGGCCCGGUGCUGGCUAUCCUAAACAAAACCACAUCGCUGGCCACGAAGGCAUCGGUCGUGUCAUCAAGUCCCACGACCCGUUCAUCAUCGGUCGUACUUUUGGAAUUCGCUACCUAGGAAAGUCCUGCGGCUCUUGCACAUAUUGUCUCCGUGGCCUGUUUACAUCAUGUCCGUCACAGCUCAAUGUGCCCAAGCAUAUUACGGGCACUUUCCAGGAAUAUGCAACGGUCCCAACUAGCUGUCUUGUACCGUUGCCUGAUGCCUUCCUUCGGGGAGAUGUUGACCUAGCGCUCUACACCGCCGCACUAUGCUCUGGGUCAACCGCGUUGGUAUCUGUGCGAGCAGCGAAGCCGAGUCUAGGAGAUGUGGUUAUAGUGGUCGGGGUUGCUGGAGCUAUUGGCCACCUCACUGGGGCAAUCGCAAAGCAAAUUUUCGGAGCACGGGUGAUCGGCAUCGAUCUUAAAUCCAAGAUCGACGUGAUUCAGUCUCAGGAUUAUGGCGACUACAGUGAUAUCCUCCUCAGUGCGCCCGAGACCAACGCUGGGGAUGCCUGGUCAGACUUUCAUUCUAUGUUGAUGCAGAGCUGUGAGAAACUACGGCGCAACUACGGCCUGCGGCGCGCGGCUGAAGCAGUCAUAGUUGCUAGUAGCUCUUUCUCCGCUUUCCAGCGAUUGGACGAGUAUGUCUACGAUGGCGGAAGGAUCGUCUGUGUAGGGUGA